GUUCGCAUUUGGCGUUCGAACAACCGGACGACAGCGUCGUAGCAGAAUUGUACCGCGGUUGUUUCAUAAAAAAAAAAGCACAAAAUAAGAAAACCAAGAGAUGGUGGUAAAUUUCAAGGUGUACAAGAAGUGCUCGCCGAAUGGCAAAGUCACGAUAUAUCUCGGGCGGCGAGACUUCGUCGACUACUUGUCAGGGGUCGAGUCGAUCGACGGCGUCGUCCUCCUGGACAAGGACUACGUCGAAUGCGGACGAAGAGUUUGGGGUCAGGUGGUAUGCAGCUUCCGUUACGGUCGCGAGGAGGACGAGGUGAUGGGUCUGAACUUCCAGAAGGACCUCUACCUGGCCUCGGAGCAGCUCCACCCGCCUCCGAAGGAGCCGGAAGCUUCGGGCUUGACGAAGCUGCAGGAACGGCUCCUGAAAAAGCUCGGACCCUGCGCCUUCCCGUUCACCUUCGGCCUGCCUCAGGGGGCGCCGUCGAGCGUGACGCUUCAGCCGGGUCCCGAGGAGACGGGCGAGCCCUGCGGGGUCUCCUAUUACGUGAAGAUAUUCGCCGGUGAGAGCGACAGCGACGACGGGCACAAGAGGAGCACCGUCACCCUGGGUAUAAGGAAGGUGCAAUUCGCUCCGACGAAGCAGGGCCGGCAGCCCUGCACAGUCGUGACGAAGGACUUCCUGCUGAGUCCCGGGGAGCUGGAGCUCGAGGUGACCCUCGACAAGCAGCUCUAUCACCACGGGGAGAGGAUCACGGUGAACGUGAGCGUGAGGAACAAGAGCAACAAGGUCGUCAAGAAGAUGAAGGCGCUGGUGCAGCAGGGCAUAGACGUUGUUAUAUUCCAAAACGGGCAGUUCCGGACGGUAAUCGACGCGGUCGAGACGCAGGACGGCUGUCCCGUAAACCCGGGCUCGACGCUCCAGAAGGUCUUGUACCUCCAGCCGAGGUUGGAGAACAACAAGAACCGCAGAGGGGUCGCGCUGGACGGUCACUUGAAACGCGACGAGGUCAACCUGGCCUCGAGCACGCUUCUCACCUCGCCGGACGUUCGCGAUUCCUUCGGCAUCGUGGUUUCGUACGCCGUCAAGGUCAAGCUUUACCUCGGCGCCCUUGGCGGCGAAUUGUCCGCCGAGUUGCCCUUCAUUCUUAUGCUGCCGAAUCCGUCCGACAGGAUCAAGGUCAUGACUGCCGAGAGCGUUGCCAUCGACGAGGAAAACAUCGGCGACGAUAUCGUCAAGAGUUAGACAACCGGAAGCCGAAGGCGGAGGAUCGCGUUCGUUUCUUUUCCUCUUUGGUGUAAAAGGUCUGAUAAUUUCUUAUCCGAUCUUCUUUCACUGAUCCUUUCUUCGCGAUUAUUCUCUGUUCCUUACACGCUGUUCAAUAAAUAAUUGUACAAUAUUCGUAUUAUACUAAAAUGGCUUGGUGAUGAUUCGAUCAACCCUAAAUAAAGUUCCAUAUUUCGACACUGACGGUCGUUGAAAGCGAAAACAAUUA